UUCUAGGGCGGUACCUGAAACGCCCAGUUUUUGAAAUACUGAAGCACCGUUUGACACGCUUGGAUCACAACCUGUUUGACCUUAUCUGGCCCGCUCUUAGAAAGUACAGUAACAUGAACAGCAGCAACAGCUCAAUCGGGAGUUUCGUAAGCCUAAACAGUUUGAGCUACGUUCGGCCGUCAAACCUGGACGAUGAAAAUUUCCCGGGCUACAUUAUAGUACCGGACUACGAGAGUUACAUCGUGUUCGCGGAAUUGCUGGAACCACUGAUCAGAGACUUCCAUUGCGUGACAGUGACCGGCGAGAUUCCGGAUCACCUGGACUCGCACUUCUUCGAUUCGGAGCGGUCGACGGACGAAAAGUCGCACAGCGUAGCCGUAGUAGAGAACUUCGACCUGGACCCGACCUCGAAACACAUGUUGGCCGGGGUCGUCGAGUGCUGUCGCAACCUCGAGGCCUAUCCGCUUCCCCUCAACCUCACCGUCAACCAGCUCGAGGAAACUGAGCGCGAAAUAACGACCGAGUUGAUGAGCCCCGAGCUUGCCAGUUUCAUGGCCGAGGGAUCGAGCGAGGACGAGGCCGGCACCUACUACACUCUAAACGAGGUUCUCGAGCGACCGAGCGAGGUGCGCGCGCGUCUCGCGGCCGCGGGCCUCCUGCUGUCCCUCGACCCGCACACCAAGAGUGACGAGCGGCGCCUGCACGGCCGCCACUGGCCUUACGGCCGUGGAGUCUUUGUUGCCGCGGCAGGCGACCUCGCAGUCUGGGUCAACGUGCAGGAUCACCUCAGAGUGGUGUGCUGCACGCCCGAGGAUAACCCGGGGCAGAUUGGGAGGGCAUACGUGCGGCUGGGACGAGUAAUGUCGGUGCUAGACGCGGGACUGGCCUUCAAGAAGGACCGGAAGCUGGGCUUUCUAUCGUCGAGACCCACUGUGCUCGGGAAUACUCUCAAGUUCAACCUCGUCGCUAAACUCCCGGAGCUCACGAAGGAGCCUGGAAAUUUGUGGCACCUUUGCCUCGUUCGGGGACUCAGCAUCAGGGAAACCAUGCAGAGGAACACCGUGAAAAUUAGUAAUCAGCAAUGCCUUGCUGUCACGGAGUUACAGACCCUUCAAGACUUCUGCAGGGCCCUGCUGAACAUCAUAAGUCUCGAAAAAGAACUCGCCCUCAAUAAUUCCAUGAGGAUUGCAUCCCUGAUCGCUAGUGCCUUCCGCAAACGAAUGACCAGCUCGCGCCGGUCCCGGAUUAAUAAUAAUAAAAAUGAAUAAAAUCAUUUGAUAAAUGUUCGAUCUAUGGGUAAUAUUUCGUUGUAACGAAUCGCGUGUUUAUAGGUGGAUGUGCGUUAAAUGUCAAUUAUUAAU